UGUUUAACCGAUUAUUACAUAGAAGAUAUUUUUCCUUUUAGUUGCGAAGAAGAAAGAAGAAGAAGAAGAGGAAGGAGGAGGAGGAGGAGGAGGAGGGUUAAGUGUGGCCCUACCUCCUCCCCCACCUGCCAUCCAGCCCCAGCCUCUCAUUGGUCAGCUGUCAGCCAAUCAGGAAGCUGAUUUUCUUGCAUUACAGGUUGAGCUGAGCGGCGCGAGAGUUGAAGUAGACAGGUUGAAAGACAGACUCAGCCAGCUCGGUGACUUAAAAGGACAAGUUAUUGCACUCAGAGAGAAAGUGAAAGUUGAUGGAAGUUCGUAUCUUUCUUACGUGUCGGAAGUUUCGUCUUCAAUAAUGGAGUUAAUAUUCAAGAUACAGGAAGAGAAGAAAGAAGAAGAAGAAGAAGAGGAGGAGGACGAGGACGAGGAGGAGGAGGAAGAGAAGAGGAGGCUGCAAGAAAGGCUCUCCGACACCUGCAAAAUGGCGGACAUUUAUAAAGGCCAGUUGGAGGACGCACAGAGAGAGAACGAGAUUUAUAUGGAACAACUUAAACGAUUAGAGCUCGGAAUUCAGCAAGCAGCCACGGAGGGGGAGGAGAGGCUGCAGAAGGUGGAGGAGGAGAGAAGGAGAGAAUUGGAGGAGAUAGAAGAACGGUGGAGAGAGAAAGAGAAGAAGAUAACGUUGGAACACGAAUUUGAGAUGGAGGAAUUAAGACAAGAAAUCGAGAAGGUUCAAGAGACCCUGGUAGCCGGCCUGGAGGAGAAAGUGGAGGAGAAACUGAGGGAAAGACUUCAGGACGAGAAAGAAAGAAUUGUCAAGAUUUUAGAGACAAGUUUUGUCGAGAGGGAGAGAAACGCACUGGAAACGUUGAAGACUGAGAUGACGGAGAGGCUGAGGGAGGAGAAGGAGGAGGCCGUGAAGGAGGAGAGAGAGAGAGUGAGAGAAGACUGGAGGAAGGAUGUGCAGGAGAGGGAAGAGGAGGAGAGAAGAAGAAGAGAAGGAUUUUUAGCCACAGCAAGAAGACAGUGGGAGGAGGAAAAGGAGAAGGACUUGCAGAGGAAAAUUGCUCUUGUGGUGGAGGAAAGCCGCAGGGAAGUGGAGGAGGAACGGAAGAGACACAGACUGGAGAUUGACAGUAUAAGAUCAAGAUUUAGGAUAAUGACUAACACCACCACCACCACCACCGCCACCUCCCCAUCCCCCUCCUCCCUCCCCUUCUCCUCCAGCCCAAGCGAGGAGCAGAUCCUCCUAUCUCCAGAAGUGGGAGGUAAGAGAGAGAGAGAGAGAGAGAGAGAAUGUUUAUAA